UACGCCGUCCUCGCCUCGCGCGCACGAAUGGUUAAAGUGGAAGAAAAACAGCGCAGGGCGUGAGCUCGAGCCCGCCCGCACGGCCGGAGCGGCGGCGCGCCCUCGGAGGACCCGCGGCUGCCCGCGGCGCUGCCUGCGCGGCGCGGUGGCGCGGAGCCCGGGGGCGGCCGGGGGAGCGCGGCGUCCCCCUCGGCCCCGCCGUCCGCGCGUGCCCGGGGCGCGAUUGGCGGGCGCGGGGCGGCCCCGGCGUCCGGCGUGGGCGCGGCGCGGGCGGCGGAGCCGGCGCGCGGGCAGGCCGCCCCUCGGGGCGCGGCGGGGGCGGCGGCGCGGGGUCCUGACGGAGGAAAACGCGCCAAGUUCCCGUCGGCGGGGCGCGGACCCGGGACCCGGCGGCGGCGGUGGCGGCCGGGAUGUAGGCGGCCCGAGCGGCCUCCCGUGCGCACGGUGCGGCCGGCCUCCCGGUCGGGCUCCCCGCGGACCCCGCCGCGCACCUGCGUGGGCCGCGCCCAGAUAUGAUUGUUGAUUACAACAUCCCUGCAUAAAUUAAUUCUUGUCAACUCCUUGGGAUUUGAAGAGAAGAUGCCUGGUGUCAUACCCAGUGAGAGUAAUGGGCUUUCAAGAGGAAGUCCCUCAAAGAAAAACAGACUUUCCUUGAAGUUUUUUCAGAAAAAGGAAACUAAGAGAGCCUUGGAUUUCACAGAUUCUCAAGAAAAUGAAGAAAAAGCUUCUGAAUAUAGAGGAUCUGAAAUUGAUCAAGUUGUUCCUGCAGCACAGUCCUCACCUAUAAACUGUGAGAAGAGGGAGAACUUGUUACCAUUUGUGGGACUGAAUAAUCUCGGCAACACUUGUUAUCUUAAUAGUAUACUUCAGGUAUUAUAUUUUUGUCCGGGUUUUAAAUCUGGAGUGAAGCACUUAUUUAAUAUUAUUUCAAGGAAGAAAGAAGCCCUAAAAGAUGAAGCCAAUCAAAAAGAUAAGGGAAAUUGCAAAGAAGAUUCUUUGGCAAGUUAUGAACUAAUAUGCAGUUUACAGUCCUUGAUCAUUUCAGUUGAACAGCUUCAGGCUAGUUUUCUCUUAAAUCCAGAGAAAUAUACUGAUGAACUUGCUACUCAGCCAAGGCGACUGCUUAACACACUCAGGGAACUCAACCCUAUGUAUGAAGGAUAUCUACAGCAUGAUGCACAGGAAGUAUUACAGUGUAUUUUGGGAAACAUUCAAGAAACAUGCCAGCUUCUAAAAAAAGAAGAAGUAAAAAAUGUGGCAGAAUUAUCUACUAAGGUAGAAGAAAAACCUCAUCAGAAAGAGGAAAUGAGUGGUAUUAACAGCAUAGAGAUGAACAACAUGAGGCAUUCUGAUGACCGUAAAGAAAAACUCCCAAAAGGAAAUGGGAAAAGAAAAAGUGACAUGGAAUUUGGUAACCUGAAGAAAAAAGUUAAAGUAUCCAAGGAACACCAGUCAUUAGAAGAGAACCAGAGACAAACCAGAUCAAAAAGAAAAGCUACAGGUGAUAUGUUAGAGAUUCCUCCUAAAAUGAUCCCCAAGUACGUUUCUGAAAGUGAGAGUACAAGGCCCUCACAGAAGAAAUCAAGAGUUAAAAUAAAUUGGUUAAAGCCUGCAACUAAGCAACCUAGCAUUCUUUCUAAAUUCUGUAGUCUGGGGAAAAUAACAACAAACCAAGGAUCCAAAGAACAAUCUAAAGAAAAUGAAUAUCUUGAAGAGGACUUGGGGAAGGGUGAAAAUGAUAACACAACUAAUGGUUGUGGACUUGCAUCUCCAGAGAAUGAUGUUAAGUCCGUUAAUGUUAAUGAAGUUAAGCCCAUAAAUAAAGGCACAGAGCAAAUUGGUUUUGAGCUAGUAGAGAAAUUAUUUCAAGGUCAGCUGGUAUUAAGAACUCGUUGCUUAGAAUGUGAAAGUUUAACAGAAAGAAGAGAAGAUUUUCAAGACAUUAGUGUACCAGUACAAGAAGAUGAGCUUUCCAAAGUAGAGGAGAGUUCUGAAAUUUCUCCAGAGCCAAAAACAGAAAUGAAGACUCUGAGAUGGGCAAUUUCACAGUUUGCUUCAGUGGAGAGGAUUGUAGGAGAAGAUAAAUAUUUUUGUGAAAAUUGCCAUCAUUAUACUGAAGCCGAACGAAGUCUUUUGUUUGACAAAAUGCCUGAAGUCAUAACUAUUCAUUUGAAGUGCUUUGCUGCUAGUGGCUUAGAGUUUGAUUGUUAUGGUGGUGGACUUUCCAAGAUCAACACUCCUUUACUGACACCUCUCAAAUUGUCACUAGAAGAAUGGAGCACAAAGCCAACCAACGACAGCUAUGGAUUGUUUGCGGUUGUGAUGCAUAGUGGCAUUACAAUUAGCAGUGGGCAUUACACUGCUUCUGUUAAAGUCACUGACCUUAACAGUUUAGAACUAGAUAAGGGAAAUUUUGUGGUCGACCAAAUGUGUGAAAUAGGUAAGCCAGAACCAUCGAAUGAGGAGGAAGCAAGGGCUGUGGUCGAAAAUUAUGCUGAUGAAGUGUCAACUAGAGUUGGUGGAAAUACACAGCCAAGUAAAGUUUUGAACAAAAAAAAUGUAGAAGCUAUUGGACUUCUUGGAGGACAAAAGAGCAAAGCAGAUUAUGAGCUAUACAACAAAGCAUCUAAUCCUGAUAAAGCUGCCAGUACAGCAUUUGCUGAAAAUAGAAAUUCUGAGACUAACAAUACUAAUGGGACCCAUGAAUCUGAUAGAAACAAGGAAUCCAGUGACCAAACAGGCAUUAACAUGAGUGGAUUUGAGAACAGAAUUUCAUAUGUAGUGCAAAGCUUAAAGGAGUAUGAGGGGAAGUGGUUGCUUUUUGAUGAUUCCGAAGUGAAAGUCACUGAAGAGAAGGACUUUUUGAAUUCUCUUUCCCCUUCUACAUCUCCUACAUCUACGCCUUACUUGCUAUUUUAUAAGAAAUUAUAGAGUGAGUGUAUUUUCCUUGUGUAUAUAUUAAACAGACAUUGGUAAAGUUGAUUACAUUAAAGAGUCUUUAGCUUAUCUUUUGAAGCCAUUGUAUAUUAUUGGUCUCUCUAGGUUUUUAUAAAAUAGUGAAAUUUGAAUUAUCGAAAACCAUGUUAAUUUUUAGAAUUCAUUUUCCUCAGUAGAGACUAGUGAUGCAUUAGCUUCUGGGAACAAGCUUCUAUAGGUUCUUAAUUGAAUUAUCCAAAAUGGAAGCAUUUCAACACUUUUGAAUUUACACCUAUCUUUUGUGUUUGCUUUUAAAAUAAAGUGCUUGUAUUUGUAUCUCCAUAUUUUGGGGUAAUCUACAAGA